GCCAUUUGUACACGCUCUAUUCUCCCAACCUCCUUUGACCAGUUACUCUCUUUUGCCUGUCUGCUACUACCAAUCUAGACUACAUUUUUUAUUUUUUAAAAAGGCCAAAAAUAAUAUUAAUAUUCUUAUAAACUUGCCAUUUGUGCUCAAAAUUCAAUAUUGCAAACAAAUAUAUAAUAUAUUUUUCUCACUAUUCCUUUAUAAUAAUCAAAUUUACUUCACAUGUUGCACCUUAUUGCAAUUUGAACCAGUCUCCCUACUUCCACUUCCACCCUUUUAUUAUUAUUUUUCAAAGAAAAUUUCAAACUCAAUAUCAUUCAAAGAACAACCAUCAUUAUAUAUAAAGUCCCAAACCAUAAUUAUCCUCAUUACAUUACAUAACAUAUAAAUAUAAAUACACACACACUCAUUCAUAUUUUCUAAUCUAGUUCAAGGUAGAUAUAUUCAACUUUAGAAAAAAGUAACAAACCCUUCUCUGCUCUGAUCUUUUCCUGCACAAAACAAGAAGAUGAAUGAUUUAUUCUCCGGCUCUUUCUCCCGUUUCCGCAGCUCGGAUCAAGUCUCACCGGACAACCAUCACCAUGUGAUUGAAAUGUCAUCACCGACCACCGCAGAAAGCGGUGUUCAGCUAGACAAAUUCUUUGAAGAAGUUGAAGGAGUUAAAGAGGAUUUGAAGGAACUGGAUCGCCUCUAUGAAAACCUUCGAGCCUCACAUGAGAGGAGCAAGACCCUUCACAGCGCAAAAUCUGUGAAGGAUAUUCGCUCCAAAAUGGAUGCUGAUGUGGCUUUAGCUCUUAAGAAAGCUAAACUUGUUAAACUCCGGCUCGAGGCACUUGACAAGUCCAACGAGGCUAGUAGGAGCUUGCCUGGCGCUGGACCAGGUUCGUCCUCGGACCGGACUAGAACUUCCGUGGUGAGUGGUUUGAGAAAGAAACUUAAAGACUCCAUGGAUAGCUUUAAUGAUCUUAGACAACAAAUUUCCUCUGAAUACAGAGAAACCGUACAACGUAGAUACUAUACUGUCACCGGAGAGAAUCCAGAUGACAAAACCGUUGACCUCCUCAUUUCAACCGGGGAAAGUGAAACAUUUUUACAAAAAGCAAUCCAGCAACAAGGAAGAGCAAACAUCAUGGACACAAUCCAAGAAAUUCAAGAGAGACAUGACACAGUGAAAGAGAUAGAGAGAAAUCUAAUGGAACUUCACCAAGUGUUUAUGGACAUGUCUGUUUUGGUUCAAUCUCAAGGUGAACAAUUAGAUAAUAUUGAAAGCCAUGUGGCACGUGCUAAUUCGUACGUUAGAGGUGGGGUCCAACAAUUGCAUGUUGCUAGAAAGCACCAAAUGAGUACAAGAAAAUGGACUUGUAUUGCCAUCAUAAUUCUUCUCAUUAUCAUCUUGAUCAUAGUUUUGCCUAUUGUCCUUAAAAAUUAAUUUGAGACUUUUCAAAUGGGAUAUUAUAAUAAUAUAAUCUUGGUGGCUAUGACUAGUUCAAAGGUUACAUUAUAUAUUAGUCAAGUCAAUUUCAUGCUGCCUUGACAACUAUGCCAUUAUAAAAAAAAAAAUACUUUAAUCGAUUAUAUUGGUUGGUUUGGUACAUGUUUGAAGAUUGAGAGUUGAGAUAUUUUGUUUAGGUGAUUUCUAGAACCUUAAUUUGGUCAUGGUCUUUAUCUACCUUGAGGAAAAUUUAGUCAAGAAUUAUAUCCCAUUUUGGCAUGUGAAUUGGAGGAGAAGGCUAGUUGGAUUGGAUGUUCAUGGUGGUAUUCUUUUUUUAUUAUGUUAAUUAAAUUUAUAUGUAUGGUUGGAUGAAUUACCUAGUUUAUGUGUGGGAGGAAUUCAAUUGUUUUGCGCGUUUAUGCCAUUGUACAAAAAAAAUUGCACCUUAUUAUUCAUUUUUCAGUUGAAUUUUUGUAUUAUAUUAUUAUAAAUAAAAAAAUAUAGUUGCAUUGCUUAA